UGCAGACUCCAGAGCCUCUGCUGUUCUCCACACACUUCUGAACACAGCUUCUGAAACUUCAAGCUGGAGGCUGGAGCGCUUGCACAUGCACAUUCAGAUACCUAAGCUGACAUCCUUACAUGCAAGGGCUUUGAUCUGCAUUCUUCAGGAGGUGCACCGGGCUUCGUUGCAAGAAGUUGCACAUGUCUACUUGCUGCUCUAGUUUGCAGAGCAAUCCGUUCUUAUUUGUGCACCAGCUUCCCACAAGGGUUUGUGAUCACCGUUGCAGACCUGCUUUUGUUCAUCUCUCAGCGGCUCAGAAUCGCCUCAUUAGGGUGGUGAAUCCACUAUUGACCUUUUCGUCGCCUCCCAACAAAUUUAAAGCUAAAACAACUUCUGUUGGCCCCAUCAGCUCUGAGCUUCAAGCACCAGAGCACAUAAGCAUGACAUCAUCAGUGUCUGCUUCGACCUUGCCAGGAGUGCUCGAUGGCGCCAAGAAAGGAAGCGCCCCUGGGUUGGUAGUUGCUGGUGGUGGUCCAAAGCUGACCCAUGCGCAGUUGACUGAGCAGAUUGAGUCGGUUGGGGCUCAGCUCAGGAGUUUUGGGGUGAAGCCUGGGGACCUAGUGACACUUGCGUUCCCCAACACGAUCGAGUUUGUUGUUGCUUUCUUGGCGGUUGCUCGCAUCCGCGCGGUCGCCGCGCCCCUGAACGCCGCCUACAAAGAGGACGAGUUUACGUUCUACAUCGAGGACGCAAAGUCGUCGUUCCUCGUUGUCCCAAAGGAGGGCGUCCCGAACGCCGAGGCCGCCGCCAAGACCCUCAACCUUCCCACCCUAGUUGUCUCCUUCCCCAGCCUGGAAGAGGGGGUGAAAGUUGCGGGGAAGUCAGGAGACCUCGAUGCGAAGAAAGAGGAGGUUAAGGAUGCAGGGCCGCUGCCAGAGGAAGAUGACGAGGCCCUGUUUUUGCACACGUCGGGGACCACGAGCCGGCCGAAGGGCGUGCCGCUGUCGCACUUGAACCUGGCCACGUCGAUUCGCAACAUCAUCAAGACGUACGAGCUAACUUCAGAGGACAGGACACUGAUCGUGAUGCCCCUCUUCCACGUGCACGGGCUCAUGGCUUCCCUCCUCGCAACCCUGUCCUCGGGCGGCACCGUCGUGCUCCCCGCGGGGGGCCGCUUCAGCGCUAGCACUUUCUGGGAGGACGCGCUCGCGCACCAAAUCACGUGGUACACCGCAGUGCCGACGAUCCACCAAAUUUUGCUGGCGAAGCAGAAGACGGCGCCCGUUCCGCCCGAGAAGCGCCCGACGCUGCGUUUCAUCCGCAGCUGCAGCAGCUCGCUCGCGCCCGCGGUGCUGGAGAAACUAGAGGCGGAGUUCGACGCGCCGGUGCUCGAGGCGUACGCGAUGACGGAGGCGAGCCACCAGAUGACGAGCAACCCGCUGCCGAAGCACGGGGCGCACAAGCCCGGGACGGUCGGCAAGGCGACCGGGAUCGAGCUCGCGGUGCUGGACGAGCAGGACCGGCCGGUGCCCACUGGGGAGAUUGGUGAGGUCAGCAUCAAGGGCGCUAAUGUAACCAAGGGUUACAAGGCUAACCCGGAGGCUAACAAGGUUGCGUUUACCAGCGGGUGGUUCCACACUGGGGACCGCGGCAAGCUGGACAGCGAGGGCUAUCUCACGUUGACGGGGCGCAUCAAGGAGCUCAUCAACCGGGGAGGCGAGAAGAUCUCCCCGAUCGAGGUCGACGAAGCGCUCCUGGCUCACCCCGCCGUAUCGGAGGCGGUGGCGUUUGCGGCGCCCGACGAGAAGUACGGCGAGGAGGUCAACGCGGCGGUUGUGCUUAAUUCGAACGAGAAGGUUACCGGGGAAGAUAUUCUGGCGCACAUUAAGGACCGCCUCUCGGCUUUCAAGCUGCCAAAGAAGUUCGUUCCUCUAGUCGCAUUGGAAGUGGAUUCGGAGGUGUAUGAGCUGUUGUGA